AGCAUUUUCGGCUACCCGAAAAAAAGAAAACUAAUCCAAGUAACGCUUUCUCUAGCCAUGGCUGGUCGUGAUGUCGAGUUGAAUGGAUUACGCCCCGGAGACCCUCGGUCUGCCGUCAACAGGACCCUAUCAGACGUAGAGGAUAUCAGUGAAAAGAUCCCUCCGUUCGGUGCGUUUGCUGUGAAAUCAUUCCGUGGACUUUGUAACCGGAAACAACUUUACAAACGUUUCCCCAUCAUCGUAUGGCUCCCUGCGUACAGCUGGGGAUACAUGGUGGAAGACAUUGUGGCUGGGCUAUCGGUUGGAUUAACGGUGAUACCACAGGGCAUCGCGUAUGCGGUGAUUGCUAAUUUGGAUCCCCAGUACGGUCUAUACUCGGCGUUUAUGGGAUGUUUCGUGUAUUGCAUUUUUGGAAGCUGCAAGGAUGUUACCAUCGGGCCGACCGCCAUCAUGUCGUUGAUGGUGCAGGUGCAUGCCGCCAACCUCGGACCGGACUUUGCCAUUCUAUCGGCCUUUCUCACCGGAUGCGCCAUCCUGCUACUGGGUGUGUUGAACCUGGGGUUCCUAGUACAAUUCAUUUCCCUCCCAGUGACGGCAGGAUUCACGUCGGCCGCAGCCAUCACGAUAGCAAGUGGACAGAUGAAAUCGUUGUUGGGAUUAUCCGGUAAAUCGAAUGAAUUCCUUGAAUCGUGGAUCAACGUGUUCGAGCACAUCGGUGAAGUGAGACUGUGGGACAGCGUGUUGGGUUUCGGUACGAUCGCCGUCCUACUGUUGCUGAUGAACCUGAAGAACAUUGAAGGCGGACCGCGCUGGUCCGCUAUCGCAAAGUAUGUGGCACUCGCCAGAAAUGCGAUCGUAGUGAUUGUCGGAAGUGUUAUAGCGUUUCUGGUCAGUGAAGCCGGCCAUACGGAUGUGUUUCUGUUAACGGGCAACGUUACAUCGGGAAUGCCGCCCGUACAGGCACCACCCUUCACGGCUACCGUCGGAGACCGUGAGUACAGUUUCACGGAAAUGGUGGGAGAAUUGGGCACAUCGUUGAUCGCGUUACCGCUCAUUGCCAUCCUGGAAUCGAUAGCGAUCGCUAAGGCAUUUGCGAAAGGGAAAUCGAUCGAUGCAACGCAAGAAAUGAUCGCGCUAGGACUGUGCAACAUCGCUGGUUCGUUCGUGUCUUCCAUGCCCGUAACAGGAUCGUUUACGCGGUCCGCAGUGAACAACAAUAGUGGCGUACGAACACCGCUCGGAGGAGUCACCACCGGGGUGCUUGUCCUGCUCGCGCUCGGACUGCUGACCAGUACGUUCUACUACAUCCCCAAGGCAACGCUGGCCGGUGUUAUCAUCGCGGCCAUGCUGUUUAUGGUCGAGUUCCAUGCAGCCAGCGAAAUAUGGCGCACGAAACGGAUCGAUAUCAUCCCGCUGAUAGUGACGCUAGUGGCAUGCCUUUUCCUCGGUCUGGAGUACGGUAUGGUGGUCGGUAUUGCCCUUAACUUUGUCUUUGUGCUACAUCAAACCUCUCGUCCAAAGAUUGUCUGGGAGCGUAAGAUCAUCGAUUCAAAGGCCAUACUGAUCGUGACACCUGAUCAAGGCUUAGUGUAUUCCUGUGCCGAGUAUCUGAAACAUCAAGUGAUAAAGAUGGCGACGAAGGAAUCGGUCGAUCUGGUUGUGAUCGAUGGUACGCAUAUCGCUUCGGUAGAUUCGACUUCAGCGAAAGUUCUGGUCAGUAUGGCACAAGAUUUGCUACUUCAAAAUCGUACCGUUAUUGUUUGGAAAUGGAAACGGUCGGCCCGCUGCACGCUACUAAGAAUGAACAGGGAGGUAUUCCAGAGUUGCGUGAAAAACGAUGAAAAUCUUGAAGCCAUCGUGAAGGAAAUUAAAUCGACGAUCAAUCGAUAGAGUAAUGAAAUUCAAAUAAACCGUUUUGUUAUAAGAGUUUUCGCAGAGACGACCACGAAAGUCAGUUCCUUUUACCAAAAAUAAACAUGAGUUCCA